CCGCAGAUGACAAGAUCGAGGAACAGCGAGGAGCAGGACGAGAUGCAGGAGGGAUAUUGCGCGCGAGCAAGAAGACGAACUGUGUUGGUCCAUCGGAUGGUGACGGAGGUGGUGCUGCACCUGAUCGAGGCGGGAGUUCGUCAUCUGCGGCAAAUGGAUCCACAGCGGGAGCGGGCGCUUCCCAGCAUAUUAAAGGUGGCAAAGCUAACAUCUCUUCUAAGGACGUGACUGUGAAUAAAGGAGAUGGACACGUCAACGUGAGGCGGCAACAAGUGCAGCCACCUACUGGUCACGCUCGACAACCUUCGACACCUAGGCACCGCACUGGUGCAGCAAAAGCAGGCGCACCUGCAUCUACACCAGGAGGAAAGCGUGGAAAACGCCAACAGAAUGGAUCCGAGCUGCAACACACUGCAUCUUCAGCUUUACACCAGCAGCAGAAGCAGAAUCAUGUGGCCGCGAAGGGAGCUAAAAAAGGCACGGUGAAUGCUGGAGAUGCAAGUUCGGGGGAAGGCGGAAAGGGUAAGACUGGGCAAAAGUUGCUAUUGCCUCCCACGGCGUCGCGCAAAAAUCCGCCGCCUGGCAAAAGCGGUGACAACAGAAGAGGCGCAAGCGGUGCCCGACAACGGCCAGCAAGCGUGCCUCGAGGUCGACCUCCCUCCUUUCAGCCAGAUAUUAUGGCCGCAUGAUGGGUUCUCCAACUCAAUCUAAGUUAACCGAACAAAGCAAGUUCUUCAGGUUGACUCAUGAAUAGAAGACCACUAGAGUGACGGUAGUUGGGGUCAGUUCUUGCUCUUCAUCUAAAGAUCAGGCGAAGCAGAGUGGUGCUACCAGCACGAGCACGGCUGAUAACGUCGCCAGGUCGUCUUCCAGUGUGACGGUGGCAGGAGCGGCGGGAGCUUUAUUUUCUAAGGUAAGCGGGUUGCCUCGCGGCGAAGGGGUCUUAUUGCCAGGCCAACGCGGCAAAGCAACGGCUAGUAAGGCAGUGUUAGGAGCAACCGAAGCGGCAAACGGCAAGGGCAGCAAAGGCGGUGCAUCCAUUGAAUUGACUACGGUGUCAAAGGCAGCAUCCCGCGGAGGUAUUUGCGGUUCAGAGCACAUCCAACAUUCGACUUCGAGCUCCAAUGCGCCGCGAAGUGACCAGAUUCAUCCCGGGGCAAGUGUGCAGCCGAAAGCCCCUGUUAAUGAAACGACGUCUAAGCCUGCUAAUAGUACGAACACUUCUGAAGGCGGA